CGAACAGUCAUAACAACAUAAAUGAAACUGUCGUAUUUGAAAGUGAAAAUGAAGUCUUUAAUACUCAUAAUACGCUUAACUGUGCCAUGAACUUUUACACUUGCUUCGAGUAAAACAUUCAAAAAAUCAUAACGAAUCCUGGAACAAAUAUGUUAUGAGUAGUGAGAAAAUUAUACACCACUUUCUAUAACGAUGUUAGCCAUUUUUGAGAAGCUGAAACAUCGUCGUAAGAAGUCGUCUAAACGUUUGUCUUUUAAGUCAACCGAGGUUAGAAACAUAGUGUCAGAAUUUGAGAAAACAAAGGAUAAGAAGAAGGUGUAUAAGAAUAAGUUUAAGUCAACUGGAAUUAAAAGCAAAGUUUUCGGAUAUAGGAAAGCAAAGGAUACAAAGGUUCGCAACGAAAAAUAUUUGUCUUCUAAAUCAAGCGAGAUCGAAAAUGGUGUUCCAAAGCAUGAGAAAACAAAGAAUUCUCGUCCUUAUAAUGAAAAAUAUUUGUCUCCUAAAUCAAGUGAGAUUAAAAACAGUGCUUUGAAAUAUGAGAUAACGAAUGGUACAGAGGUGCACAAUAAAGAAUAUUUAACAAAUAAGAAUUUAUCAAUUAUGACUGAUGACGAAUAUGACUCAUGUGUAGAAAAUUCUUUUGUUGGUAUGAAUUUGAUGAAGAAGAAACCUAGCAAGGCUAAUGAUCUUUCGAGGAGAAGUUUAGACGAAUAUAUAAUUGUGAGUAUCGAAGAAAAGCCUGCGACACUUAUCACGAAGAAUGUACAUGAUAAUAGUGAUUCAGAAAGUGUGAAGACGAGUAUUGUCUCGGGGAAGAACUGCUGUACAGCAUAUAACGAUAGAUGGUACAGGAGGUUCAAGCAGCUAGUUUUGAGGACAAAUAGGAUUUCUCCUUGUGUGGUAACAGGGAAAGAGAGUCGAAAAAUGGCGCACUUCCAAAAGCUGGACGAGACGCAUCCUUACUACGCGAUCGCCGCGGCUCGAAUGUCGCAAAAACCGGAAACGAAACCGGUCACCGUAGGCAGAUUCUAUUGGAAAUUCGCUGCGUUCAACUUCAUUCAUAAAAGAAUACAAGAGACCGAUGGCGGUUUCUUCGAAAAUCUUGGGACAUUAUUGGCUGAGAAGGUUCGGGCGCAGGAACAGGAGGAAGGACCGCUUCCAAAGAAGAAGGAUGAGGUUCAGGAAACGGGAGAGGAAGAGGACAAUUUCAGCGAAGAAGGUAGCAUCGAGGAGCCUGUCGAUGCACUUUUGGAGACUGACAGCGACAGGGACGAAAAUGAGCAUGCCACGAAUUUCUUAGCCGAAUCUAUGGGAUGGAACAUAGAGGAGCUCUAUGCUGCUUUGGUGUUCAUGACCCAACACCAAGUCGGUUACGAUGUUUCUAAAGAGUGUGAAUUGGAAACUCUGUUGAACUACCUUCAAAAUGCGUUCAAAGUCGACAACGAUAUGCACGAGAGGGUUUUGCACGAGACGAAAAACAUGGAGCCACCGGAAAUGCAUUUGAACGUCGAAGUGAUCGAAGCCAAAGAACUUGUGUCGAAAGAUUCUAAUGGUAAAAGCGACCCUUUCUGCGCCCUUUACCUCGAAUCUGCUCCCACGAGGAGGUACAACACUGCCGUGAAAACAUCCACACUGAGCCCAGUGUGGGAAGAACACUUCGAACUCCCUCUAGAGGACCCAGAAAACGACGUACUGUAUCUAGAAGUGUGGGAUUUUGACGCUGCUGAAACAGUUCCUGAAAAAAUGAGUAAAGUAAAAGACGUGAAGGGUGUUCGAGGAUUGGUAAAACUAGCGAAGGAAAUUGCUGUUACUGCCACUACUGGUUGCCAUGAUAACGAAUUUAUCGGUCGCUGUAGGAUACCUUUGAAGGACAUACCAACAACAGGCCACACAAUGUGGUAUUCCCUCGAGAAGAAGAACAAAUCAAAACGACGUGGUGUAGUGAAACUAAGGCUGGCCUUCAGCGCCGAGCACAAUGCACAGGUGGCCGCACAAGAGUACAGACACCUGAUCAGGGUGCUAUUGUUAUACGAAAUAGAGACCCAGAAAAUAGAGAAAUACUGUUGGUGCGGUCGAUGGUCAGCGCCAGCGGAAGUUCUUCUUCUUCAGCACAGUGCUCAACGUGGUUUACUAGCCAGAAACGUGACGUUAGCACAAUGGAUAGAAUAUUCAAGGAUCCAUCAAGAACACCCGUUAAACUUUAUUGUCUUCAAUAAAUUAGCGAUCGACCUUCUGAGGCCCAUGGAAAAUGGUCUUUUCUCGGUAGACGAAACAAGAUUAUUUUGGGACGCCACGAAGAAGUUAUUAUACUCGUGUCUGAACAGUAUUCGCAAGAUCAGGAGGCUCACGAUUGGAGACAAGAACGCCAUGACACAGUUGUCCGCGAUUUUAGGAAUUCUGUCGUCGAUUUCGUCCCUUAAAGUGCCUGAAGACAUUAAUCUAUUCCCUGCAAAAAUGUAUCCCUGGUUUCCAGACCCUGACGAGACACUAAGUGUCCUUCAAGCUUUGGAGUACACUGUUGAACAGGGUGGUAUCGAAUGGUUUGACCAUAUAUUGAAUAAUAAUUUCCCGGAAAAUGAAUCGGACGAAGAUGCGCUGAAGUAUCACAUCAAAGUGAUUCAACUUGUUAGAGCAGAUUUACAAAAUGCUAUUGAUAAUUACGAUAAGCUGUUUAUCAAACGAAUUAAUUUUCCUUAUGCAAGAUGUCUGUAUAUGAUGUACGAGAAGAGGAUCAGUGAUAUAUGUAUGAUUGUUAUAGAAGAUGUCUGCGGCAGGUUGAAGAGAAUUGAAAUUGAAAACGCCGAUGUGGAAUUAAAUCUGGGAACGACCUUAUUCGAACUGUAUCUUGCGUUGCAGAGAUACGUUAUCCUUGGUCAAGUGCUAUGCGCCGAAGGACAGCUGGAAGGGAUGAAAGUACAGACUUACUACAACUGGUUUAGAGCUGGUGUGGCACAUUGGCUCGAUAUAGCGGUGUACAAGGCCCUGAAACGAAUAGACAGAGCCGUGGAGUUUGACACGUUGCAAGCAGUCGAUAACACCGUUCAGUACAGCUCAAGUGCCGUGGAUACAUUAACGAUAUUCUACCAAAUCAAAGUCUUUUGGACACAACUUGCAUGGCCGGACACGGAAGGCUCCUACACUUUCAUUGCCAAAAUUAUAGACGAUAUCUGCAAAUGUUCUAUCGCAUACGCAGAUAAAAUGGCGAAGAAAGCGGAAUUGACCACGGAAUUGGAACAGUUGUCAGAAAGUAGCGUGUACGAAAGGAAGUUUUCUGUAUCAACGGCGUGGUGUUUCGCGAUCAAUAAUAUCGAUUACAUUAGAACGUCAAUUGCGCCAUUAGCCAAUGAUCUAGGACUUCAGAACAUCGUGGAUGAGCUAGCGGAAAAGAAAACCCAAGAAGACGCAGACAGAUGUAAACAGACGCUUCAGCUGAUCAUCGAUAAUGCCACUGACACUGUUAAAAACAAGAUUAUAGAACUUUUACAAGUCGUCGCGGAUAAGAUGUCGCCUGCCAUGAACAGGUAUCUAAUGGAGGGGGCAGAGUUGAUAGACACGACCAGCAAUACCAUGGAUCGACUUCUACAAUAUCUUGAUAGUAACUUAUCGACGUUGCACGAUCAUCUUAAUGAAGACAAUUUUGAGAGGAUCUUGCAUGUUAUUUGGGACACGUUAUCGGAAAGCUUAUAUCAAUUAGUACAUAAUAACCUAGAGAGAAGAAGGCCACCAUCGUUUUAUUCGAACCUCCAUCGCACUCUGCAUACUCUCAUUCGAUAUUUUAACGUCGGAGCUGACGAGACAGCGAACGUGAAAGUUCUGGAAAAGAUCGAACACCUUCUGGAGCUCCACGGCCUGGAGACAGCUGAGCUGAUACAUCGUUACCAUCAGGAACGAAUAAAGGAACAGAACGAGUUGGAAGAAUCCGAGUACGGACAGAUCACCGUGAAGGCGCAGUUCGUGGAUAAUUCGUUAAACAUUCAGAUAUUGAACGCGAGGAAAUUACGACCGGUCGACAGUAACGGCGAUUUGGUAGGCAAGGUGUCUACUCUCAAGCACAAGCUUCAUACAAAAUCUAAACAAAGACUGAAAGAAGGGAAGACAAGUAGUUGCGAUUCAUAUGUGAAGGUGAAGCUACUUCCGGAGGAAAAGUUCGCCGACGUAAAAUUGCCUAAAACGCAUGUGCAAAAGGAAAACCUCUAUCCGCUGUACGACGAAAUUUUCAACAUACCUCUAACAAGCGAACAAAGAGCCACAGAAAACGCAAUCGUAGUUUUCGAACUAAAGGACAAAGAUUUUCUUCGAUCGAGAUUCAUGGCAGAGGCUUUCCUACCAUUCAGCGAAAUUCCUGAAACGGGACCAGAUCGAGGAAUUGAGUCUCUCGACCAAAUUCACUUGAAUCUUUCACGUCCUACAAGGAAAAGUACGGACGUAAUUCAAGCGUUAGAACACAGAAAGGGAGACAAUCAGGCGACAGAGUUCUUAUCGAAGCUCAGUUCUAAGGCUGAACGAAAAUAAUCGUUAUCACUCGUAGGAAAAGCGAUUGAAAUUAUUUUCUAUGUCAUACGACAACGAAGCAACGUUCCGAAUAUCGAACUGAUGCUACUAAAUGAAUAAAAAUGAAGGAAUUGUUAAUUUUACGAGAUACGUAAUCUAACUUAAUACGUGAAUCGUUAAAUUGUUUUAUUACUAAAGUUUAAGACAAUUUUACAUCGUCACUAUUUUUGUAAUUAAUUUAUCUCAAGCCAUUUCACAAGAAAACUCGAUACGUAACAAGCAUUUCUAAAAAUCUUCAACAUCAGACAUAUAAAGUUACUUAAAGGAUUUUUGUUAUUUUAAAUAUUACGUUAACAGCUACAAAUUUUGUAAUUUACUAAAAUCAAUAUUUCUAAUUGUUCAUGAGCCGAUGCGUUGAUCAUUUUAUCAUAUAAAAUUAAAUAAAUUAGCUAGUCCAUGAGGAACAGAAUGCAAAGAAAUAAUGAACUAUUUUUAUAAAGUUUUCAUAAGUAUAGGUACGCUGUUUUUAACAGCUAAUACCCAUUUCUAGGCUGUGUAUCGCUUCGAAUAUCAAACGUCAAAUGUAUUUUCCUUCGCGAGACACGAAACGUCGCAUUUCAAGAUUAGGAAAACUGUAAGGCUGAGUAAGUACUACUUACGAGCAAUAUUGCUAUUUACCAUUAAGUCCAAAAUACACGUAAUUGCAAUAAAUACGAAUCAAAAAAGUUUCUGGCAAGAAAACUAUCGAAUAAGAAAAAAUCAAAAUGAUGUUUGUAACAUACGUGUAGAUAGAAUUGCUACUAUGAAUCGAACGCAUAUAGUAUGUUUUAUACGAUGUUGUUUACGAUGUAUGUAUAACGAAAGUAUAUGUUUUAUCUAGUAUUAUUAUCUUUGUCGAAUCGAUUAAUUCAGAAGGAAAUCGCGGUCGAGAAAUUUGUUAUCGAGAGAUUCUGAGUACUCUUUGUUUAUCAAACUAUGCUUCAUGAUAUUCCGCAGAAUAUCACGAAGUUUACAAAAUAUUAUAUAAAAUGAAACUUUUUCAACAUUUUUUAUUAUGCGUUAUUCAAAUUGGGGGAAAUUAAUUAUGUUAUUAGUUCAGGAAGUUAUUUUAUUCGCGGAAUAGACAAAGAGUAAUCAUAAUACUAUUGUUUUAAAUAUUAUCUAUAUUUGUACGCGAAGCAACUCAAAGUUACGAAAUGUAAUGAACGUUGAAUAAAUUAUUAAAACAUA